AUGCGUUAUCGAGUCUUAGACGGAAAGAAAACGGCGACAACGACGUCGUCGCAAGCCGAAUCGCAGGACCGCCUCUCAAACUCGGCGAGCUGCCGUCGAGCAGCUAGCACCACUCUUCGGCCCUCAUACGGGAUGGGCAUGUGGCGAGUCGUUGCGCUGCUCGCUUGCCUUUCUGCCACACAAGCCGCACUCUUCACAGAAGGCGGCGCGGUCCAAUAUGGACAAGAAAACAAAGCCAACAAAAACUUCGAACUUGCGCAGGAUGAAAAGCCCGCUAACAAGGAGUACAACGAGAAGUAUUUGAAAGAUGAUGAGGAGAACACCCAGGAGGAACGUUAUAAAGAAUACUUGGAGGGCAUCCUUCCCAUUCUCAACGAUGAUGAGGAGAAAAAAGCCAUUGAUUCCAUGGACGAGUACAACCGUUUUCUUCAAAUGGUUGAUCAAGAAGAAGAACCAAAAACGAAAAUGGAGAGAAACUACUACUACACUGAACCACAGUUCAAGAUUGACCCCAAGUUGUACUAUUACACCAGAACUGGAGAAAUGGUAUUGAAAGAUCCUUCAAAGGUGGAUCCCAUUGCUUUGGACAACUUGUUGAGAGGGGAGAUGAUGAUUGAGAACGAGAUCGCUCAAGAAUCGGAGCUCAAGAAGGAGGCAGAGGCUACCAAGGAGAAGCUGGCCAAGAACACCGUUGCUGCCAAGGUCAACGUUGAAUCGCUCGAAAGUGCGAUGCAAACCGCGACUGGUGAGCCACAGGUGCCACAGAAGAAGGGACAAAACGAGUUCGUCUCGUUUGUUGAACCGGAGCCACAACCAGCCAAGCAGACCAUCUCCUCUCAACAGAUCGACAAACGUCGUCUAGCUACCUCAGCUGAGUAUUCUGGAAACUCGCCAAGAUACAGCAGCAGCAGUCUCUUGCUUCUUGCUGUCGGAACUGUCAUGUGUGUUGGACUCAUUGGAACCAUUGCUGGAGGAACCUACUACUACAAAAACAACAGACGUACUGAGACACCAGAUGAUGGUGAAUAUGCUCCGUAUGCUGGAACUGGACCAGGAUUCCGCAAGACCAAGGGAAACAAGGGAGAUGAGACUUUGGCCUACAAAGCCCAACUCCACCAGUACCAACAGGCCAAGCAGAAGAUCAUCUGUGGUGAGGAUGCCCCAGGAAUCAUCGAAUCCGACGGAGAGGAUGGUGCUGAUGAGGAGAACAACUACAGUGUCUACGAGUGCCCGGGUCUUGCUCCAACCGGUGACAUCGAAGUUUGCAACCCGAACUUUGCUGCUCAGCCAUAA